AUGCUUCAGGUAAUCGCCAAGAGUUAUGAAGCUCACAAAAGCUUCUUUCUCGGGGGUUAUAGAAGGCUUUGGCAAGACGGUCUUUUCGUUGCUGUUAAUUCUGCUCCCUCGAUCUUCCAUGACUCGAAACCCCGCUACAAUAAAACCGCUCAUCACAUCACAAAGAUGCUUCCAUUUUUGUGUAAUGAGAUUUGGGACCUUGUAUUCUCCAACUUUGAGGAUACCAUAGAUGUAGAUGAUGGAUCAGAUCAUGGCCUGUAUCCAUUCCCCAAAGACACUCAUAUUCCAACUCUUAAAUCACUGUGUCUUGUCAGCCGUCGGUUCUACAAAUUGGCCAGGCGAAAUCUGUAUCAUACCAUCUCGAGUGGAACAUUAUACGGCCAACAGAAUAAUACAAAGAUGUGUUUACUCGCCCGUACGCUCCUCUUAAACUCAGAGCUCAGGUCAGAAAUCCGUGCAAUCGAUCUGAGUUCCUCAGGAAACUGGAAAACUCCCUUGGUCAACAGUGAGUUUUGGCCAUCAAGCAUUGAACGCGUUGAACCUACUCAACUCCGAGACUUGCUGAAGGAAGACAUAGAAAGAUACUCUGCCACUGAAGCUGGGACAUGUUUGCUUCUGACCCUCAUGCCAAACCUUCGGAUGGUCGUAUUGACAGACCCCCGGACAAACUCCAAGGCACUGACCUGGAUCCUAGGGGGGAAGAUGAGGACUCCCCAACCUGGCACUGAAGAUCGACCAGAAUUAGUUGCGAACUACCUCGGUCAGCUGGAAGAAGUUCACUGGUCGCCAAUACAGACCAUGCUAGAAGAUUCGGACAAUUGUAGCACGGAAUCUUUACUACUCCUUCCCAACAUCAAGCGACUCUUCCUAUCACCUUUCGCACCCACCUUCACUAUUAGUCAUCCCGUGGUUCCAGACUUUCAGAGCGGGCUACAGAGUUUGACAAUCGACGGCUGUGUGAUCAGACCCGCCUUCCUACAGUACAAUCUUUCUCGAUGCAAGGCCUUACAGUACUUGGACCUGGAUCUUACAGAUUGCUACGACGUAAAGGCAGUGGAUUUGAAGGUGAACCUGCACAACUUUGGAAGCGUUCUCAGAGAGUUUGGACAAGAUCUUGUCAGCUUAAGGUUGAGAUUUUACGACUGCGAAGAGUACGCCCAAGGCAAGAUUGGCUCUCUAAAAGGACUUAAGCGCCUCCGUCACCUUUCAGCUCCAGUAUUUGUGCUUGUCGGUGUAUGCGAGGACGCAAUCCCACUACCGGAAGUCUUGCCUGGAUCAAUUGAGACGUUUGAAAUGCAUUUUGUGGAUGAGUAUGGGCUGGCAAAUAGCGACACUCUGGGAACAAAGUCUGCUGCGAACGACGACCGAGUGGUUCGCUUACUCAACAACAAUCAAUUGCCUAAGCUACAGGAAGUUGUAUAUAAUUGUUAUAUGGACGGCCAGGACGACAGGCUCACUAACUUCACUCAAGUUGAGGGCUGGAGUGUCAAGAACGAGGCACAACUACGGCGCUCGUUUGCCAGAGAGCCAUUUUCUCGGAGGAUGGAAUUAGUACGCGGAGAAUAG